AUGGCAUCUCCUCCGACACCCUCUAAGCAACUCGAACAAUCUUCCUCGUCGCAGGAAGGCUUGGUUCGUCCAUUUGAAAAUGCAAAGGGUCUACUCGUCGUACUUCCAGAUACAAUUGACGUCGAAGAGGAAGCUCGACUGUACGAUGAGCUUUGUGAUACUCCGAUCAACUCAUCCACAAUCCCACCAUCACCUCCCCACUCCCCUCGCGAAGCACAAUCAGUUUUCUCCCGAGAUAUAUGGCUCGGUGACAACUCGGGCGAAAGCCUUACCUUUACUCGCAGCGUCGAGAUAGGCGGUUGGACGAGUGUUGGCGAUAAGCUGGGGGGCGCGUAUGUUGUGUAUGACUGCGCCAUCAGAACUAAGGAGGGAAUUGUCAUUCAUGUCCACAAGCGGUACAGCGCCUUCGCCGAAUUGUACGCCAAGCUACGUGCCACGCUCCCCGAGUCUCAGCAGCACUUCGUGCCAUUACUUCCGCCCAAGUCGCCACUGGCGAAGUUUCGCUCGACGUUUCUGGAUCACAGAAGACGGCAACUCCAGUAUUGGCUGUCCGCUGUCUUACUACAUCCAGAGAUCGGCGGGUGUCAGGCGGUUCGCGAGUGGGUCAUGAACUGA